GCGCGACAGAAAAGACCGCGCCAGUCCUGUCACUUUCGCGUCCGAGGGCGAACCCGGCGGCUACCACGGUCACAGAUUGGAGCAGAGUGAGAUUCGUGCCGCACAUGGACAUGUGGGAUCAUCUGUAUAAGUUUUUGAGAGAGCCUGUGGAAGGGGAAGUCAUGACAGAUGAACACAUGUGGACAUUGAUUGCCAUCAAGCAAGCAACACAACAUACGUCUGCAGACUGGUGGACCUUGUACGGUGGGGAUGUUCCACAUCUGCAGCAGAUCGCCAUCAACGUGUUGGGAAUGUGGAGCAUGGUGACACCCACGGAGCGGAACUGGGCAUCGGUGGACUUUGUCCAUUCGAAGCGCAGAAACAGUCUCUCGCCAGAGUCCUUGGAGAAGCUGGUUUACAUUCACUGGAACAUGCAGUUGUUGCGUGUUCCAAAUAGCAAGGACAAUGGCUACGUGGACGUGUGGGGAUCCUUCUUCGAGCCGUCGAGGGAGCCGGCAACGGAAGGUGGAGUUGUCGAGGACGCCACGGAGGAUGAGACAACCGACAAUAUCGAGGAGGAAAAGAGGCAAAAGAGACUGAAGAAGACUCCAAAGGACCUGAUUCCGAAGAGCCUGCUGGAUGACGAUUCAAGCGGGAGCAGCUAUCUUGAGGAUCUCGUGUGGAAGGGGAAGUAUUGGAACGAAUUCACUUCCGAGGAGAGUGACGGUGAGGAUAACAUUGGGGAGGACUCAGAUUUCGAGUUGGGGGGCAAUCUGGCGGUGUCAGCCACUACGUACAUCGGUCGGAGGCUUAGGAGGCGAGAGAAGGAGGCAGAGGUGCUGCCUUCCGAGGCCAUCGACAAACUGGACACUAAUAUGGAGUUCUUGGCACACCCUACGCCUGAUGCAGACGAGGAGGAAGCAGCUCGGGCCAAGGCUAUGGCAGAUAGGGAUAUCGCUUUGGUUCAGAGGCGGAUGUGUGAGGAAGAGGCUCGUCCUGCUGGUGAUGAAAGGGUGGACAAUAUGGAGGUAGAUAAGGUUGACGUGCGUGCAGAACAUGAAGGGAGUUUGCAGCAUGAGGGAAUGGAUAUUGGAGCACAUGGAGAAAAAAAUGUGCAGCAACAAGGAGAAAAUCGUUUGCCGCAAGAGGGGGGUGAUAUGAAGGAGGAUGAGGAAAAAACUCAGCAGCAAGACGGAGAGGAACUGCAGCAACCAGCACCACCAACGGUUUACGCACGAAGACCCCGCCCACCGACACAGCAGCAGCCUGCAUCGCAAGAGCCGCGGGAGAACCAACAGGCUGUGGCUGCGGAGCAGUCAUAAAAACUCGGAUCAACGGUGAGAGGAGCAGCCGCCUCAGCAGCGGUCCACUUCGGCAUACCCCCGUACCCAGCACAGAAUGAGGAUGCCGAACACGAUAAUAUCUGGAAAAGCUAGGCGGGGCGAAAGAGGAAGGCUCCGGUGAAUGAAGUCCCCACACCACG